UCUCACAGUUGUGACGCUGCACCUUUGCCCGCCCCACGUGCUGUCAUGAACUCUGUGUGAGGAAAUAACGGCCAUGCAGUCACCUUUUUCGGGAUUGGAGUGUCUCCUCACGCUGAAGUGACCGUGCUUUGGGAUCUCUUUGACAGCUAUUUGCGGGAGGUAUGGAAAUGUCUGGAUUCUAAUUGGACAGCAUGGUCACGGAGGCGGUUCCUGCGGCUGGCCCAGCGCCUAUAGCCAAUACCGGCCAGAGAGACUAUUACUGGAUUCGUUCGUUCUUAGCCGGAGGUGUUGCUGGAUGCUGUGCCAAAUCCAGCAUCGCACCCCUCGACAGGGUGAAGAUCCUCCUUCAAGCUCAGAAUCCCCACUAUAAGCAUCUGGGAGUGAUGGCCACACUGCGUGCCGUGCCCAAAGAAGAGGGCUUCCUGGGCUUAUACAAAGGCAAUGGGGCCAUGAUGGUUAGAAUAUUCCCAUAUGGAGCCAUCCAGUUCAUGGCUUUCGAUAAUUAUAAGAAGCUGCUGAGCAAACGGCUGGGCAUAUCAGGACACAUCCACCGGCUCAUGGCCGGAUCUAUGGCCGGAAUGACAGCAGUGAUCUGCACCUAUCCCUUGGAUGUGGUGCGGGCCCGUCUGGCCUUCCAGGUGAAAGGAGAGCACCAGUACACUGGCAUUUUCAACACCUUCCAGACCAUAUACCGGAAAGAAGGGGGUGUGUCUGGCUUCUACCGGGGGCUGACUCCCACAAUCAUCGGCAUGGCGCCAUACGCAGGUUUCUCCUUCUUUACCUUCGGCACACUGAAGAGCUUGGGCCUGACUCACGCCCCGGAGCUGCUGGGCAAGCCCUCGUCGGACAACCCGGACGUGUUGGUGCUGAAGACCCACGUCAGCCUGCUCUGCGGAGGCGUGGCUGGAGCCAUCGCUCAGACCGUGUCAUACCCGCUGGAUGUGGCCCGCCGGCGGAUGCAGCUGGGUGUAGUCCUGCCUGAUGCUCAGUACUGCCGCACACUGACUCAAACGCUGAGUUACGUGUACCGGCAGUACGGCGUGAAGAGAGGCCUGUAUCGCGGCCUGUCCCUGAAUUACAUCCGCUGCGUGCCUUCCCAGGCUGUAGCCUUCACCACCUAUGAGUUUAUGAGGCAGAUCUUGCACCUCAACUAGCCUCCAUUAGGUGGCGCUGCACAGCCUCAGGACCGAGGAACCCUGAGGGCCCCGACAUCUCAGCCCCAUCCCGCGCCGCUCUGCAUGUGCUGCCCUGGCUAUGGACACCACGACACCCGCUGCCAUGCAAAAUCAAGCAGGGCUGGCAGAUGGGCGUAUAGAGCUACGCAUUUACCCAUAAUGCCUGUGAAGAGCCAUGUGAGAACGUGACGGAUGUCGAGUGCUGAGCUGGUCGGUGGCUGUUGAGGGUUAUGUAGGUUUUCUAUGACCUGUCAUAUUUUACAAGAAGGAUUCACUGUUAUUUUUUUUUUUUACAAAGAGAAAAAGCCUUUUUCCACAUGGAAACCAACUUUCCUUCCUCUCCCGAGUUUGUUUGUGGAUAUGCUGCCUUAUUCUGUGUGCGUGUGGGUGGGACAUGGCUGUAGUUACACAGACGGCCCUGAGUGACCAUAUAGGACCGAGCCGAGCUUGAAUGUGGCUGAUUCAUUGAUGCUGCUUGCGGUUAAGUUCCAUCUUUCCAUCUCCUUACAGUGAUCAGUGACAGCAAUUAGCUGUCAGUUAGUGAUACGUAUAAACACUCAGAUUCUACAUGCUUCUCUGCAUCAUUUUCAAAGACGCGGAGCAGGUUUGACUUCCCUUACAUCAGCCCCACAACGGCAACACUGGGGACAGGAAGCACUUUUUCAUACUGCUGGACACUUUGCUACUGCGUCUAAGAGCAAACAAGCUGUUAAUAAAGGAAGCUGCCUUUUAAUCUGGUCGUGCAAAAAAACAUCACCAGAGCUGUACAGAAUAACCCGGAGACCUUACUAUCUGGGGAGCAUUUGUGGGAUUUUGGCUGCCAAAACGCUGGCAGUGUAGAGAGCUGGUCAUUUCAAAACUGCUUUUUAAUUAGUCAGUGACUCAGCUUGUCCUCCAAUCCCACAUGAAUAGCAGAGCAGGUAUAAUUAACAGUGUUACUGUGUCUUUCGUGUGGUUAAUAUGUAACUGUUUACGGUUUUGCAUAUGUAACUUCAUGUGGGAGCCGAAGUGACCUGACCCUGCUGCUGUCUCACAUCUAAAUGGUCUUCAGGUCUCUCUGUAUAUGAGUGUGAAAUGAUGUAGGCAGACUGUGCUGAACCAUUUUAAAUCCAUGCAUCCGUCUGUCCAUCCAUCCAUCCAUCCAUCCACUUAUUCCAGUCAGGUAUACGGGAACCUUUGUAAAUAUUUUCAUAAGUAUCUCAUGUUGUUCAGAGCUCACAAUGUGUUUCAGGGUCUGACUGAUAACACCUUUGUUCACAACACUCUUUCUCUAUCUCACUAUUGCUUUACUGCUCUGCUGAGUCACUGUACUAGAAGCUUCUUCUCACUAGAAGUAUUCAGGCUGGUUCCUGUUUCCCGUGCUGAUAAACCUCAUUAACCACAGCUUAUGUGCGUUAUGAACGCGUCUGCUUCAUUUCUAACACCUCACACUAAAUUUAACUACUGAAAGCAUCGGAGGAGCUUUGCAAACCCAGCAGCUGAAGGGAAUGAGCUGGGUCAGCUGCAGACUGUGUGCAGUCAGUGCCCGGCAGCCGCUUACUGACUCUCCUGCUUUGCAUACAUCUUCCUGUAGCCAUGCUGUCAAACACUGGUUAAUACUGUCCCUCAUUUGGCUGGGAAAUUUGUUAUAAAUGUAAUUUUUGUUUCUUUGGUCAGGUGAGCACAAAGCCACUGUGUUUGCAAGCUUCACCAUCUUUUUUUUUUAAAUCCUACUCUGUAUUUACUGUCAUAUUCUGCACAGGGGGUUUCUAAAAGCUGCUGUCUUGGGAAAAGAUGGCCCUUUCAGAUGCACACAUAGUGCUGGACUGGUGUGGUCCAAUCGUGAAUUUUGAUGAGUGCGGGGAGGGAUCUCCAUGAUAGAUUUUUUUUCAACCGGGGUGGUGGUUCCCCACAAUAUAUUCUGCUGGCAGGUUUGCCAGUCUGGCUUUACACAUGCUAGUCACGCACAUGUAAGACGCACACGUGUGAGUGUGAGGCAUUCGUGAACUCUUGUGUCAUUCAGCAUUUCGCCAUUAUGUAAGUGCAUAUCAAAAGAAAUAGAUACCUUUACUGGUUUUGCAUCAUUUUAUCAUGCGGGCAGGUGGAAUGAAUAUCUUUGGUUGUUUGUGAUAUGAUUUAUAAAGAUUUAUAAAGAAGCGCACUUGUAAAAGUUCAGUCAUGACGUUUUCUCUGUGAUUCAUAAUAUGUCUUUGAUGUUACAUUUAAAUAAUGUUUUAGUCAAAUAUCUCUAGAGUAACAUUAAAAAAGUCAGUGGAGUGA